AGGCGCAGCCCGAGGGUGCAGGCCGUUAGUUAUUUAUUUCUCCGGGCAGUCUGCAUGUCCAAUUGACACUUUCGCACAACACGCAGUCUGCACUGCGUCUUCGACCAAACCGUUUUGAAACACGCCAAUUCUUGCGUCCACGGCGGCCUCGGCACCGAUCGAAGACAGACAGGUCCACCUCGGUUCGAAUCGUAAACACAAGAUAGAACGCGCCUACGUACUGCGGCAGCCCAAUCCAUCCACAGCCGUCAUCAUGUCCAAGAUAAACACGAUUCUAUUCGACUGCGACAACACGCUGGUGCUGUCGGAAGAACUCGCCUUCGAGGGCUGCGCGGACCUGAUCAACGAGAUCGCGGCGGCCAAGCAGGUGCCGCUGCAGCAGCCCUUCACGGGCGAGACGCUGAUCAUCGAGUUCGUGGGGCAGAACUUCCGCGGCAUGAUGACGUCGCUGCAGCAGCGGUACGGCUUCGAGCUGGGCGCCGACGAGCUGGACGAGUACGUGCGCCGCGAGGAGGACGUGGUGAUCGCCAAGCUGCGCGAGAAGCUCGUCGCCUGCCCGGGCGUCGACGACGUGCUCGCCCGCCUCGCCGCCUCGGGCCGCUACAGGCUGGCCGUCGUCAGCAGCUCCGCCCUGCGCCGCGUCAAGGCCAGCGUCGAGAAGGUCGGCCAGGCCAAGUACUUCGGCGACGACAUCUUCAGCGCCGCCACGAGCCUGCCGACGCCCACGAGCAAGCCCAACCCGGCCAUCUAUCUGUAUGCGAUGGAGAAGCUGGGCAAAAAGCCCGGCGAGUGCGUCGCCGUCGAGGACAGCAAGAGCGGCACGCUCAGCGCGACGAGGGCCGGCAUCAAGGUCAUCGGCUACGUGGGGCCUUACGAGGAGGACGAGCGGGAAAAGAUGAUCAAGGUCUUGAGGGAAGCCGGCGCCGUGGUGGUCAUGGAGGACUGGAGCCAGUUCGACGACUGCCUGGCCAAGAUUGAGAAGGGCGAGGUCUAGAUCAGAUUCUUGCUUUUCUCUCUUGUUCGGUUGGCGCGGUGGACUGGCUUCCGGGGGCGAGGUCAGUUAGACAGGAUGGCAUCGUCAUGUCCCACCAGCAGGGUGUGGGUGACAUUUUUGUUUAGAAUAGAGCCACACGAUAGACGGCGGCGGGAGAAAGUCGCGGUGAUUUUGCCUCUAUUUUCUCCAGUCCAUCAAGAAACUGUUUACGCUCUGCAGCGUUGCCCGGCUGGG